GACGGGACGAGACGGGACACCGGCGAGCCGCGUGCAGCCAUGGAGCCGGCCGUGUCCCUGGCGGCGUGCGCACUGCUCUUCUUGCUCUGGAUCCGGGUGAAGGGGCUGGAGUUCGUCAUCAUCCAUCAGCGCUGGGUGUUUGUGUGCCUCUUCCUCCUGCCGCUAUCCUUCAUCUUCGACAUCUACUACUACCUGCGCGCCUGGGUGGUGUUCAGGCUGAACAGCGCGCCGCGGCAGCACCAGCAGCGGGUUCGGGACAUUCAGAAGCAGGUGCGGGAAUGGAAGGAAGAAGGAAGCAAGACUUUCAUGUGCACAGGCCGACCAGGGUGGCUCACAGUGUCACUGCGAGUGGGGAAGUACAAGAAAACCCACAAAAACAUCAUGAUCAACCUGAUGGACAUCCUGGAAGUGGACACCAAGCGGCAGAUUGUCUUGGUGGAGCCUUUGGUCACCAUGGGGCAGGUGACGGCUCUGCUGAAUUCUGUCGGCUGGACUCUGCCGGUUCUCCCUGAGUUGGAUGACCUCACAGUAGGAGGCCUGAUCAUGGGCACCGGCAUUGAGUCCUCGUCUCACAGGUUCGGGCUGUUCCAGCACAUCUGCACAGCCUAUGAGCUGGUCCUGUCCGACGGGAGCUUCGUGCGGUGUUCACCGACGGAGAACUCGGACCUGUUCUACGCUGUGCCCUGGUCCUGCGGCACGCUGGGCUUCCUGGUUGCUGCAGAGAUCCGGAUCAUUCCCGCCAAGAAGUACGUGAAGCUGUGUCUGGAGCCCGUGCGCGGCCUGAAGGAGAUCUGCGCCAAGUUUGCCAAGGAGUCCCAGCGCAAGGAGAACCAUUUUGUGGAAGGCCUGCUGUACUCCCUGGAGGAGGCGGUCAUCAUGACGGGUGUCAUGACGGACGAUGUGGAUCCGAGCAAGCUGAACAGGAUUGGUGACUACUACAAGCCCUGGUUCUUCAAGCACGUGGAGGAGUACCUGAAGAAGAACCAGAAGGGGCUGGAGUACAUCCCCUUGCGACACUAUUACCACCGUCACACUCGCAGCAUCUUCUGGGAACUCCAGGACAUCAUCCCCUUCGGCAAUAAUCCCAUCUUCCGCUUCCUCUUUGGCUGGCUGGUGCCUCCCAAGAUCUCCCUGCUGAAGCUGACUCAAGGGGAGACCCUCCGUAAAUUAUAUGAACAGCACCACGUGGUGCAGGACAUGCUGGUCCCCAUGAAGGUGAUGGAGCGGGCCAUCCAGACCUUCCACAACGACCUCCACGUCUAUCCCAUCUGGCUGUGCCCAUUCAUCUUGCCCAGCCAACCAGGCAUGGUCCACCCCAAGGGCAAUGAGACAGAGCUCUACGUUGACAUUGGGGCCUAUGGAGAGCCACAGGUGAAACACUUUGAAGCCAGAUCUUGCAUGAGGCAGAUGGAGAAAUUCGUCCGAAGCGUGCAUGGGUUCCAGAUGCUGUAUGCCGACUGUUACAUGAACCGAGAGGAGUUCUGGGAGAUGUUUGAUGGCUCUUUGUACCACAAGCUCCGGAAGGAGCUGAACUGCCAGGAUGCCUUCCCUGAGGUGUUUGAUAAGAUCUGUAAGGCUGCCCGGCACUGAGCCUCUCCCUCCCCAGUCCCAGCCUGUGCCCUUCCCUGCCUAGGCCAGGUUCAGCUGCUCUGCCCACUCGCUCCGCCUUCUUUGAAAUAGCCUUUCUCUUACAAUGAAAAGGCUCCGCCUUUUCCUCUCAGUCCCCUUCCCUCAGACUCAUGGAAAGUCCCCAAAGCCAGAGUUCCCUGGAAGCAAUUUGGAUUGCUCCUGACCAUUGCUUACGAGGCUCAGGAAGAUGCCCUCAGGAGCCACCCCUGCCCGUGCCGGUGGCAUUUCCAGGGCAAGGGAGGAGCUCCUUCGGUCUGCAGACGGGGCUCUGCCAAAGUCAAUAUUCCUCAGCUAGCUUCCUCCCGCCAUCUUUCCAAGCCUUCUCUCACCCAGGCAGCAUCGAAUGAAUGACCCACUAGCCUCCGGUCCAAACAGAUCCUUCCACAGACCCCACUGCGGCCGUGCCCAGCCCUGUUAGGGUGGAGCCAGCCAUCAGUGCCUUGCAUGUAGUGGGCACUUCCGAAUCUCCCAUGGCUCAGGCUCUGGCUUGAGGGCACUCGGUAGCGGAGCCGUUUCCCUCAGGGAAUGAGAGGCUCCCGAUGCUGCAGGAGCACGCGGUGUGGCGGGCGGUACUCCUCCCCAAAGGGAUGGCGUGGAGUCGAGAAGACGGCCCAGGCCUGAGCGACCCCAGUGCCCCUCAUUGGGCUUGGAGGAGAUGCAGCAGUGCAACCCAGCAUGAAAUUGACUGACAGUAUUAUCUCGCGGCUUCUCCAACCUUGAGUUGUCCCUCCCUCUGUCCACCUCUUAAAAACGGCUGACGACGGUUCAUUUCAGUGCCUUACAAAGAUCCUGAGCCUGCGAGAGCUUGGAAUGGCUCCUGCCUCCCCUUCCCUGAGGAGAGGACCCCUCCCAAAAGGUACCUGCCCCUCUGUCCUGAUUGGUUCCUUCGUACUUAUUUAUGCAAAGCUCAUUUUGGGGGCUUCCUGGUAUGAGUAGACUCUGGACCGGACGAGGCCAAACUGGACUGCGAGAUCAGCUGGGGCCGUGCCAGCUGUGCCCAGGCUCCGGGUGUGGUCACGUGGCCUCUCCAGUCCUCCGAGGGCCCCCUUCAUUUCUCAGUUUUUCAGAAUUUCCUCCUCCCUAGGGUUGCAAAGGCUGCAAGAAUCACCUCAUUGUGUUUUUGGGAGACCAGCUGGUCAGGAUCCACUCACUUUUCCAUAGCGAAGUCAUCACCAAAAGGGCUGGCGGUCAAGAAGCCCGGGAACGUCGGCCCCACUAAUGAUCGUAGCCAAAGGCUGUUGGCGCCCCGUCUGACUCAGCCAGCGGGUGGUUCCAUCCCAGCUCUGGCUGGUCUCGAUGCAUUCUGCCAUGUGUCUUAACCAUACGUUCUAUGCAUUGCUUGGGACAUUGUUGGCGCUCUGGUGGGAGAGGGAUGACCCUGGCCCCUCUGAGGACCUCCCCCUCACAGGCUGCUUGUUCCCUGCAUAAGCCGAUGAUUCUACUUGGUGUAGAGGAGAGGUUAUCUGCGGGAACCGAGCCCAUCCUGGUGAGCCAGGCCUUGACCCAUCACCAGCUGCAGCCUGCAGCAGGACAGGAAGAGGCUCGUGGCCUGCCAGGUGCUGCCGGGAGAAGCGAGUCUGCCUCAGGCGCAUUUGCCAUCUUGGUAACCGGAGGCCUCCAAGAGCCCUCUACAUGUGGCACCUAGAGUUGGGAAGCAGUUUGUUUCAGAGUUUGCCCCAGGUUCCUGCUUUGUUUCAGUGAAACUCCCUGGAUGUCCUUGGGCGAGUCACUUAGAGCGUCUUCUGUAGCAUGAGCCAGUCGGGCUUUGUGACCCUAAAGCCUUCUGCAGCGCCAGUGUUUUGCAAUGGAGUUUUCUCCCAGCUCUGGCAUCCCCUGUUUCAAGGCCCCUCCCACCCCUGGCAUCCCCUGUUCCAAGGCCCCUCCCACCCCUGGCAUCCCCUGUUCCAAGGCCCCUCCCGGUUUUGACACGUUCUGUACUGUGAGGCAGAGAUAUCAGAACUUGAGGCCAAUUAUUGCAAAACUCCCGAGUGGGGCCCAAACCGGAUUAAGAUGUCAUUGGAAAAUAUUUAACAAAGGUAAUAAAAAUCCAACAAAGAUUAAUUAGUGGUUUUCCAAGUCAGUAGUGCAACCUGAGGAAUUUGACGCUGCCCUAAGGUCCCUCCCAACUCUGACAUUUGGUCUUUGUUAGCUCUCUGGUAUCUCAUGCUUUGAACGCCCUUAACGUUUUGUGUUUCUAAGCUCCCUUUCAACUGUGACAUUCUAUUCUGUGAUAUGUUAUCAGGUGAGAAAAGCCACUGCAGCCCAUUCGAUCCACAUUAGGGGAAGUUGCCUCCUGUGACCCCAGGUGGAGUCCAGAUGGGGGCGGGGCAGGGAGUGUGCGUGUGAAGAGUGGUCUGGGCACUCCACUGCCUCUUGUGACUUGUGGCAAAAAAUGAGUAACUAAAUUGUGGGAGUGUGGGGGGUGGGUACUGCUUAGACUGGAGAGGAGGCAGGAGAACUUGGGGGAGACAUCUGGAGCCUAGAAGCCUUGACUGUUCUUCCCAUCCCCCAAUGUGUUUGUGUGGCUGUUGUCAAAAUAAAGUAACCCAGGAACCA